CCUCUCGAGCCUCUCGAUUAUCAAAGACAUGUCUUUAAAUUGCUGCAUUCAUCUUUCCCUGACUAGUCUCCUGGUUCCUGCUGCCAUAAACCUUCCCCACAGCAUCCUGAUGCCACCACUUGUUCACCUGUAGAGAUGGUAUUGGCCAGAUUGAGUGGCUGUAACCUUUCAGGGAGAAGCUGUGAAGUUCUGUCUGCUCUCAACUUCCAGUCCUCUAGUCUCCGAGAGCUGGACCUGAGUAACAAUGACCUGUGGGAUUCAGGAGUGAGGCUUUUCUCUGCAGGACUGAAAAAUCCACAUUGUAAACUGGAAUUUCUCAGUCUGUCAGGCUGUCUGAUCACAGAGGAAGGCUGUACGUCUCUGGCCUCAGCUCUGAGCUGCAACCCCUCCCAUCUGAGAGAGCUGGACCUGAGUUACAAUCAUCCAGGAGACUCGGGAAUGAAGCUGCUGUCGGCUGGACUUAAGGAUCCAGACUGGAGACUGGACACUCUCAGGGUGGAGCCUGCUGGAGAACAAUGGUUGACACCAGGCUGCUGUGCACAAAUGGUCUGA